AUGCGGGCUCCUCUUCCAAUUAAAGACUGGAUAAGACUGAAAACUAUAGGGAAUGGCUCUUAUGGAGAUGUGAGUCUUGCCCGAAACUUGGAAGAUGGCCGUUUAUUUGCUGUAAAGUCUGCAACCUGCAACAAUGAAGAGUUUCUCGAAUCUCUAGAGAGAGAAAUUAAGGUACUCAAGAAUCUGGAUUGCCCUUUUAUUGUAAGGUACCUUGGCCAGUGCAAUGACAAAGAAGGAAGGCUGAAUAUCUUCAUGGAGUACAUGGAUGGCGGUGAUUUGUCUGCACUAUCCAUGAGAUGCAAGGGAUUGCCGGAACUGGCCAUUAAAGCUUACAUGACCUCCAUUCUAAGAGGUCUUCAAUACCUUCAUGGCAAUGGAAUUAUUCACUGUGAUAUUAAAGCAAAGAAUGUGCUCUUGGGGUUCUUAGGCGACGUCAAACUUGCUGAUUUUGGUGCUGCAAAGAGGGUCUCCAGUGAGCUUUGUGAUAUUCACGCCGGGACUUUGGGGUGGAUGGCCCCUGAAAUUUUUAGGAGGAGGGAACAAGGCAUACCCUCAGAUAUAUGGUCCCUCGGUUGUACAGUUGUGGAGAUGGCUACAGGGAAGGUACCCGAAUUAUCACCAGAAAAGCUUAAACUCACUGGAAUUUCAGAUUGUGGCCUUGAUUUUCUUGAGAAGUGUUCAUUCGAGAGCCAUCAAAAAGGUGGAGGGCUUCUCAGUUGCUUCACCAUCCCUUUCUGGCCUCUGUACACUCAAAUGAAACCCUAUUUUCACCAAGUACUGUCCUCGACAAUUUACCGACUCCUCAACGAAUAG